AUUUAUUAAAAUGUUUUUAAUUUCAUGUAUAAUAGAAAAAUAUUGAAGAUUUAAUUAUUUGAAAAUUUUUUAACAGAAUAUCUAAAUAAUUAAUGUAGUUUAAGCCAUAUGGCAAAAUGUAACAUAAAAGCUUCUAAUGUUGCACUAGAAUGGUCAAAUAUUUGUAAAGAAUUAACAUCGCAACAGGCAGUACGCCUUCUUCAUAGAUUUACCUCAGGUUUGAUUAAUUUGCCUCCAAGAAUAGAGAGGAUUUCAAGUGAUUCGUGUUCUGGAUUCCUGGAAAAGAGAGUAGCAUAUGAUUUUUUGGAAGGGAAAAAGUUAUUAAACAGCAAUAAUUUAUCAUUUUCAAAGUCUUUGGAUAUCUUACAGCAUAAAAUCAUUGAUCUCAAUGAUAAAUCUUUGCUUAAACCUAAGGACGUUUCACUGUCCCUGAAUUCAUACGCUAAAUUCUACCAGAAUUUACACUCAAACAGGAGUUAUAAUCACUUGUAUAAUCUAAUUCCAACAGAUAACAUAAAAAGAUACGUUUCACAGCUUCUGAGUAUAGCAAAUAAAAACAUUCAACACAUGAAUGAACAGGACUUAUCCUUAGUGUUGAACUGUAUUUCGAAGAUUAAUGUGAAUCAUGAUGCGUUUUUGAAAUCUUCAAAUAAACUUCUCUAUAACUCACUCCAGGAAUUUUACAGGAAGGGGUUAACAUUGGAAGAUGACUCAAGUUCAGAUAAUUUAAUGAAGAAUAUAACACCUCAAGGAGUCUCACUGCUGCUUAACUGCUUUUCAAAAUCUAAUAUUGAGUUGGAUCCCAGUGUUUUAGACUUUUUUGUUGAUGAAUAUGUGGGAAAGUUGGUAGAGAAAUUCCAGAUUAAUCAGCUGAUAGUGACACUUAACUCUUUUUUAAAGUUUAAGAUUCCACUUACUAGAGUGUUUAAAGCAGUGAAAACCGCCGAUAUAAUGUUGAAAGAAAGUGAAAAAGAAUAUAACAUGAAGUUAAUCUCAACAUCGCUUUAUACUUUUGCAAAGUAUAAUUACCAACCGAUAUAUUGUUUUCGAAAUAUUGUAUCCUACCUUGAUAGAGUAAAUUUAAAACACAGCUCUGAGCUUGAACUUGGGAAUAUAUAUUAUGCUUUUGGGAAACUGAACUACAGAAAUACAAAACUUAUUGACAAGAUGAAUGAAAAUGUAUAUGAAAAUUUGAAAACAUUUACACCUCAUGGCGUGGUUGGAAUUUAUCAUUCAUUGUCAAAAUUGGAUUACAAGAGUAAAUUGUUUAGUCAAAAUGAGAAAUUACAAAACAUGGAAAAUAGGUUUAUUUCAGAAUUUUUAAAGUUUUUUAAAGAUGAUUUGUCACUUGCAGGUGUUAAUAACUCAAAUUUUAAUAUUCCAGUGGUCCCACUUCAUAAUAUAAAUUUCUGUUUUAGUUGUUCAAUUAACAACAUUGUAGACCAUAAAAUUUAUAGCCUAUUACUGAGAAAACUUACAUGUAUGAUAGAAAAUGAACCCUCAAGUCCAAUAUUUAAAAUUGGGAAUAUAGUAUUAAACUAUAGAGAAGAACUUACAAAUGAUCACGAUCAAUUUAAGUUCUUGUCCAAGUAUAUAGGAAUUCAAGGAAUAUAUCAGCUGUAUUGUAUACUUCAACAUGUUUUAAACUAUGUUGAAAGGGGAUUAGAGAGUAUUGAAUAUUCAGUUCUGGCAUCAAUCAACUCACUAAUGGAUCAUUUUAAUAUACUUUCAACUGGGAAGAGAAGGAAAUUCUUUACCGAAGAUCUUAUUUUUGAGCCUAAUAAAGUUGAAGACGAUGUAAAACUGGAUGAAACAACACAUUUGACAUCUAAAAUACACGAAGAUGUAUAUUCAGUUCUGGAAAAAAUUGCCCAUGAAAGGAAUGAAGAUAAUAAUCAACCUGGGUUGGAUGGAAAUGAAUCUUCUGGUUUAGCAAAUGAUAAAUCCAUUCUAUAUAAAGAACACGAAGCACUUCCGUAUACUAUCGACAUUGUUUUAUUUAAAUUUUAAUCUCUUAACAAUUUU